AUGUGCAUGCUGCCUCGUUGCUUUAAGCCUUGUGCACAUAAGAGCUUCUGCAAUCCUGUCGAUUGCAGGCACCAAAGUAGGCUUGUCUACAUAGAUGCCGAAUUACGUAUUACAUGUUACGGAGGAAUACAUUGUCCCCGAGAUAAGGGUAUUCCUCCAACCACCUCUAGUGAGCUUGCUAGAGCUGCUAUCUAUUGCCGUCGUCAUGUCAACAAGCGAAAACUCCAGUUUCACUUUGCAAAUCUUCCCCAACUUUUGGAGGACAGGUCUGAGUAA